GAGAUGGGGAUUAUUAGGAGGCUGUGAUUGGUAAAGGCCAAUGGGAAAUUAGGUCAGGACACAGGUAGCCCUCCUAUUGUUUUCAAGAAACGCCCUGGGAUUUAUAAUGACCACAGAGAUUCGGGGUCUUAGUUUCAUGACUCAUCCAUAGGACAGCACCUUUUUUACAGUCACUAGGGCCCACACAAUCAGAAAGCGCCCCCAGCAGGCUCCACUAACACCUCUUCCAGCAGCAGCCUUUACUUUCCCAGGAGAUCUCCCAUCCAGGUACAGACCAGGCUCGGACCUUUGCCAGUUGUGAGCUGCAGGGUAAUUUAGCUGCUGGCAAUAUCCAGUGUAAUUUCACUAGUCUUGUGAAUUUUGGAAAUCAUUUUGGAAAACCUUUCUACUACCGUUGAAUAUAGAGGGCAAAACGUGAUUCUCCACAGCUACUGUACCAAUAUUUUUUGUGUAAAAGUAGCAGUGCAGAUGAUCCACUAUGUAAAAUGAAGUCCAUCCGUACAUUUUUAUUUUAUUCCAUGACAUUGAUCAAGAGAGUACUUGUAUUUUCUCUCAUGAGUGCCAUUGUACAAAGUACAGCUGAUCUAAAGUGAGAAAUGCAAAUGUUCCCCUGCUUUUCACUGUGUACUUUGUCAUUAAAUGUGUGUAAGAAGGUACUCUAAUUAGGACUGGGUCACUAAAUGGUAGGACACCAGAUAAACACUCCCUAGUAGCUUUUCUGUUAUGUUUGAGGUUCUUUUAUUCUGUGAUUAAAGGCAACAAUAAGCUUUAUCUUUGGAGUUUUAUACUGACUAGUUAGAAUCUUCUUUGUUUGCAUAAGGAUUUGUUUUCCCUCUUCUAUGCACUUACCUAUGUCCACUCUUUAUCUGCUUAUCUGUGCUCUGUUCACUUCAUGAGUGUUUAUAGUAACCAUAUGCAGCAUUGCAUUUCAGCAUAUGCAGGCUUUUAAAGACCAUUUCAUUUCGUUUUGAAAGUGGAAUUUUUGGAUAGUUGAGUGGUUUUAACGUUAAAGAAUUAAAAUGUAACCUGACAGUGUUCCAAUCGCCGUGAUGUUAUGUUCUCUUGGUGAAAUUUGGCAGGCAGGUACAGUAGCAGUAGAGUUACUGGGGUUACCAUGGCAUCUCGUGGGCUGUUGCCUGUUAAAGUUAGUUUUUGAAUCAAGGCCAGUACAGCUUUUAUAACUAAGACUGCUGGAGCUCUGCUGAGGCUGAUUACAGUGUGUGUGUACGGAGCGAUAUAAUGCUGUGAUUGGCUACCAGUGUUCAUAUAUCUUGAUCACAUAGCAACCCCGGUCACUCUGUGUUUGUGCUCCGCAUCACAGACAGCAGUAUGAAAUGUGGACCAGUGGACACUGAUGUGUCUUUUUCUAGAGCUUAACAUGAGAGGCACCAUGAACACAGUCUUUACAUUCUCUUUGAGCCUCAUUUUACUGAUGCAAGUACAUGAAUCCCACAGUCAAACUUUGAGCUUUACAACGGAAACAGUUUCUAUCCCAGAAACCAGUCCUCCAGGGACAGUGGUUUUCGUUUUCACUUUUUCUCCGGCGUCCUCCAUCCCAACAAUAAACUGCGUUGGUUCCAGCUCGUGCUCAUCGAUCUUUCAGCUGAGGGCAACUGGGACCACAGCUACGAUUACUUUGUCCAGUUCGGCUGUUCUGAAUCAUAAAAUCACAAAUCAGUACACCAAGGACAUCUACAUCUCUUAUAUCGCCAGUGGAACAACUUUUUCAGCACAAGCCAGGCUCUAUGUCGUCAUCACUCCGGCCCCAAAGUGUGACAAACUCUUUGCAAGUGCAGGAGGAGCCACAGUACAGGUCCUGCAGAACCUUGCUCCCUCUUCCAUCAUUUACAUUGUGAAUCCUGCUGAUCCCAACCCAGGCAGCUAUAAGUACUCAAUGACUCCUGAAAAGCCCUUUGGUAUAAACAUCAACACUGGAAGUGUUACGAGUCCUGAAAAAGGAUUUAGUGGCCCAGGGAGCUUCAAGCUGUCCAUAACGGUCAAUGGUAUGAAUGGUACAUCGUGCAGUGGAAUUCUCCAUGUGAAGGUGUUGCCCGUAGAAACCGCCAAUGUCACCUUCCCGAAGAGCAGCUACGCUGUAUCCAUUGAUGAGAACACUGGGCCAGGAGCCUCCGUCAUGACGGUCUUAGCUAAAGGAUCAGAUAUCUACUAUCAGAUCGUUCCCCAGACCUCGGGAGGAUAUGCUGCUUAUCAGAUCCAUCAGCGGACAGGUGAAAUCAGAACCACCUACAACCUCGAUCUGGAGGCGAACCCUCACCUGAACUCCACGGUAUUUCUGGUGCAGGCCUACGACCCGAUCCAUAAAGUCAGCGCCACAGCGACGGUCUCCAUCACUGUGAGGGACGUCAAUGAAUUCCCACCUGUAUGCCACCCAGCUCUCAUUGUAGCGCAAAUAAAGGAAUCGGAACCCAUUGGAUACAAGUUUCCGAGUGAUGACCCAGUGAAGUGUGUGGACAUGGACAGGAUGGACAGCAGCCUAACAUACAGUAUCGUUACUAACGAGAACUCCAAGGACAAGUUCCGGAUCUCGCCACAGGGCGGGUAUUUGGUGUUGAACAGUACAUUGGAUUAUGAUUCCUAUGAAGUGGCAAAUGUUAAUUUUCUGUACACUGCUAGUAUCAUCGUAACAGACAAUGGAAAGCCUCCACUGACAACUACAAUCCCAGUAUACAUAACGGUGACCCAGGUGAAUGAGCACCCUCCUGUCUUCAGCCCCUGCCCUCAGGCCAUGCAGGUGAACGAGAAUGCCCCCCUGGGCACUGUCAUUGGCCAGGUCAAUGCCACAGAUCGAGACUGGCCCUUCAAUAAUGUCGAGUACAGCAUCGCCGGGGGCGCAGGCAACAACCCCCCAAAAUUCUACAUUGACCCCAGAAGUGGUGAAAUCCAUGUUCUUUCUCACCUGGACUAUGAGAAGCAAACAAUUUAUCAACUGAAGAUCAAGGCUGUGGACAUGAACCAGGACAUUUCCCCUGAUCCACAGAUGCAGAAGACUGCCUUUUGUACUGUCACUGUCAGAGUUCAGGAUGAGAAUGACAACCCACCUGUGUGUAAACCUCCUUAUUAUGAGGAACUAAUUUAUUCCACUCUGAAGACUGAUGUAGGAAUAACAACUAUUCAGUGCACGGACAUAGACACCCCUAUAGAAGACCUUACCUAUAGUAUAGUAAGAGGCAACGUUAAUAACCGCUUCACCAUGAAGGGAAGCGCACUGUGUUCCCGGAACGCCUUUUCCUUCAAGACGCCGGGGGUUUAUGACCCCACGGACUAUGAGCUCCUGAUUGAGGUGAAAGACAAAGGCCCACCUGUUUUCUCCACCACGGCGACCGUGAUCGUGCACGUGGUUCCCUGGACGACAACCCAGCCCACCACCACUGUCAAAACCACGCACAGGCCCCGGCCGACUAAGAUAGUGACGCUCACGGUGUUCGAGUGGGUCCCAGACACCUGGUUUGUGGUCGUGCUCACAGUUGCUGGAGCCCUGCUGCUGCUGGCUCUGGCCUUACUCACCUGGAAACUGCUCACCCUGACCUCAGUCUGCGGGCGGGCCCCCAUAGAAGCCACCAAACCCCUCCUGCAGGACAGCGGUGGCCAGUUCAGGGGAGUCUUUGACGAUGCGGGACCCACAUCGCCGAGCAACCUCCAUCAGCAGAGCUCAACCCCCCCAGCCGCGGACAAGGAGAUCCCCGAGAGCCCCCUCUCCCUGCAGCGAUUCGAUGGAAGAGCCCAGGACCCGAUCACAGGGAGAGAGUACAUCUUCAACAGUGUCACUGGACAAAGGCGCUGGCUGUGAAAGAACAAGGCUCUGAUAGAGUGGACAUUACUGGAUGCAUGUCACUUACAUUGUGCCAGAACAGACAUUUCAUGCAUCCUCUUUUUAAGAUUUGUUGAACAGAAUCUCCCCCUGAAUAUACAGCACUAUUGAUUAAGAACCUGACAAAAGACUUCCCUAAGUAUCAUGUGGCACCGAAAUUUAAGCACUUCUUCAAAUGAUAGCCAAUUGAUCACAGUCCCAUCAAACCUGUACGCCUAGCAACUUUCUGUUCAACUUAAUUGAACACAGCAACUCAAACUGAUAUGAACUGUGCUGAGCUUGAAGCCAUGUUACCUCGCACAGUUGUUAAAGCACGUUAAUAUGGAAAUAUGAUCAAACUCACCUUGGGACACACGUAAAGUCAAUUUAAAGGCAAGAGAUGAUGUUGGAGUUUUGACUGUUCCUCUCACCUUGCACUGUGUGAAGAAAAAAAACAGCUUUGAAAACAACAUCUAUAACAUCCAGACCACUAGCAUUUAAAUAAAGUACUCUGACCUGGUCUGUCAUUUGUUCAAAUUUCUCUUAAAGCAAAAAAAAAAAAAUGAUAUAAGUGGAGCCCCUAUAAUAAUUAAUAGCAAUAAGAUGACAAUAUAUUUACUUUUUUAGUUGGUUCAAAAUAGCACUAUACACUUGUAAAAAUGAAUGAAUGCUUAUUUUACAGUGGAAAUGGAUUUUAAUUAGUCAUAUUGACAUUUACACAAAUUCAGUUUGUGAUUAUAAAAUGCUUGUCACGUUAAAGUAUAAUCCAGUUAUAUCAGCAUGUGUUAACACAGCUACAAUAUUGCACUUAAUCCUACUGUUAUGACUAUUAAACACCCAUCACAGUCUCUUAGAUGCCACUCUGUAGGUGAUGCAUCGCCUUCCUUCUCCAGGAGAGUCACUUCAUUGUUUUUUACACUUUAUGAUUAAUGCUAUUGUCUUGCAUGGUUAAUUUUUUUUUACCUUGCCUAAUGCAAAAAAAAGAUUUUUUAGCUUCCUGUAAUAAA